AUGUUAACUUUAAAAAAGAAGUAUCGGUAUACCCGUAGUAUCUUUAAAGGAGCAUAUUACACGGCAAAAGGUAAGCGAUAGUAAGUUAUCAAAACGACAAAAUGUGAACUUAACAAGAAUGCUAAUUAGCUCAUCAUUAAAAUGAGUCUGACUAAUGGCGCGACUCACGGGUCGCGGGUUGUGGAUUAUAUGUCGCGGAUGCGGAUCGAAAGUCGCGGGUGGAAAAUUAUUUUGCGUGAAAUUCAAGUUAGAGUUCGAGGUAAAUGACUAAAAAUGACCUGAUAAUAUGUAGGUAAUAACUCCUCUAAGCCACUAAAAAGAAUCCUCCUUUUGAAGGAGGGUCUAGGUGAUUGAUAAAAAAUUUCACAACUGAAAUGAAAUAACUCCCCUAUCAAAUUUAAAGUCUUGAAACGUUUACAGAAAAAAAAUCGUUUUUAUGCACAAGCCCCUCGGUUGCAACCAACAGCCAAUUCACAGGUUACGAAUGUCAGAGUCAAUAUUAUCGUCUAAAGGAAAGAGCUAAAAGAAAAAUCGGGCCGAAUUAUGUUUCUUUCUUAUCAUAUAUCGGGCCUUGACGAAUAGUUACCUACUGCUCUAUUUCAGUGACCCAGGUAAGAAGAUGCUGGGUACGUUUUUACAGAUGAAUUCACCUGUCAAAACUUUGACCAGUCUGAGAUUGCAUUGGUUCUAGAGCGUGAACAAACGCGUGACCAAGCUAAAAGCACAUCUUUCAAACUUUAUUUAUGAAAGUUUUUUUUUUGUCCCUAUAGUUAAACAAACAGAAUCCAAGAUCUUUAUUGGAAUAUUCUCCUUUAUAGCAAGGGAGGCUCCACCACACGUGUAUGCUGAGGCUCCGCUAAAUACUCUAGGGUUUCGUUGAGCAAGGUGUUCUACGAUAAAAAGAGUAUUCGCUUAUAUAUUUGAAGUAUUUUUGAAGUUGGUUUAAGCAACUCUAAGUUUGCUUGCAACCUGAUGUAACUUGAAAUCGGAAAUUGACUUUUUCAGAAAAGCCAAGGAUCAGGGUACCGUUGACGGAGUGGCGAACUGUGCCAGAGCAUUAUAUCUGGUUUCUGUUAGAAGGUACCCCACCAAUUAACUUGACCCUAGUGAAUACAUCAACAUCUUUGGAGGGCGGUUUCUUCAGAAAAGGAUUUCGAAUAAAGCGGACGGCCGGUACCUACAAGUACACUCUACUAGCAGAAAACAAUGAAGGAAAUGACUCAAAAACGGUUGACGUAACCGUUCUGGGUAAGGAUUCAAUGCUGUUAAAUUUCAUUCAAUGUAGAUGAGACAUUUUGCAAUUAAAACAACCAUAGUAGCUCGCACAAACAGUUGUGUUGAAUUUUGUCCUUAUUUUAUCCGUUGAUGAUUCAGUUGAUUCGGGGAAAAAUGAAUGUACAAAGUUUUAGUCUACUUUUUCUUGUUUCGCCACUGUUUUCAACACGGGUAAUUUGUGUCCAUUUAGGUUUGUAAACAAUGCGAAUUUACCAAAAUAUAAUAUUUGAAAUUCGGUUUCACCCUUAAUAAAAUAAGUAAAAAUGAAAAUUCGUUAUUAAUACUGUAUUAAUGCAUAUAUCGAAGUGUACAGCUUUAGUGACAAAUUGCCUCUAUCAACUGCCUUAUUCUUGCGCGAUUGAUUUUGUAGAUUGCAAUCAUUGGUGUCGCAGUAACGGUUCGAUAACAAGUUCUGAUCAAGUUACCAACAAACACAACUGUAGUGAAAGCAACAUAACACAUAACUGGAAUUGCAUUCCAACUACAACCACUGAAUUGUAA